AUGGCAGACACUCUUGGGCCUGUUUCUAACGUAAUCGCGGUAGCUGACCUCUUCAUCAAAGUCGGCGUGCAGUGUUCCGUAUACUGCUCAGGCCUCAAAAACGCCCCUCGCGAUGUUCGUCUAAUCUUGAACGAGGCCGACAGAUUCACGGCAACACUCAAGGGCCUAGAGAAACUGCUUAUUAACAGUUCCCAUAGCAAGAAGCUUUCGUCUUUGCAGAAUAUUAUCGGCAUAGUGGAGGAGUCUCGCCUGCAACUUCAAGAUCUGACGGCCAAACUCGAGCGAGGGACUAAAUUGCAAAAGAUAACGUGGCCGAUGAGGAAAGAAGAAGUUGCCGGCAUAAUAGGCCGACUGGAGAAAUAUAGAGCCGCAAUUGCCUUGGAUUUACAGGUUGAUCAGACGUAUGAAGCCAUUUUGGCAAAGCUCAAAUCUGCCAAAGGAGCAGCAUUUGACUCUCCCAGCCAUGUUAACAGCUCUAGAUGCUACCCCGGGACGAGAGAAGGCAUUCUGGAACGUAUACAAACUUGGAGUACCAAACAAGAUGGCCAGUGCAUCUUCUGGCUGAAUGGCGGAGCCGGUACUGGCAAGUCGACGAUAUCUCGGACCGUUGCGCAAUCGUUUAUGGACAAGGGGAUGCUCGGUGCUAGUUUCUUCUUCAAAUAUGGAGAAGCUGACCGUGGUAGUAUGGCGCUUUUCUUUCCCACGAUAGCGUCUCAGCUUGUCCAAAUGUUCCCUCAGAUUGCGCCACAUGUCCGAGCGGCAAUCGAGGCCGACCCUACUAUUCAUGAAAGGUCAAUUAAGGAGCAGUUCGAUAGGCUCAUUGCAGAACCCGUUAAGUUGGCGUCAGAGGCUUCCCAGCUGCCGACAAUAGUGAUUGUCGCCGAUGCACUUGAUGAGUGCGAUAACGUCGAGCAUGUGAGAUUGGUCAUCCACCUCCUCUCCCAAGCGAGACAUUCCGCAUCUGUCUGCUUGAAAUUCCUCGUUACCAGUAGACCAGAGCUAGCUAUUCGACUUGGUUUUGCAGAUAUUGGCGGCAAUUACGAAGAUCUGAUUCUUCAUCAAGUGCCUUCAAUCAUUGUUAAGCACGACAUUGCUCUGUUCCUGCAACAUGAAUUCAAUGUUAUUCUUCAGGACUACAACAAGUCUGUAUCUUCAAACAGGCGGCUGCCCCUGUCUUGGCCCGGUAACGAGGAAUUCCAACAGUUGGUUUCCAUGUCUGUGCCCUUAUUCAUCUUUGCUGCAACAGCUUGCCGUUUUGUCCGGGACCGAAGAAUUGGUGGGCCCAAGGAGCAACUGAUGAAGAUCUUGGAGCAGCAAACGAGCCAUGGAUUGACAUCUAACCUGGACGCCACCUACUUGCCAAUAGUAAAUGGACUGAUGGCUGGGCUUUCAGCUACCGAAAAGCGUCAUGUUUGCGAGCGGUUCAAGCACAUCGUCGGCUCUAUAGUCACUCUGGCAAGCCCUCUCUGCGUACCGUCCCUCGCCCGCCUCUUAAAUGUACCUCUAGACGUCAUUGAAGAUCAACUGGACUUCCUGCACUCUGUCCUUUACAUUCCCACUGAUCCGCAGAGUCCCGUGCGUCUACUUCAUCUGUCUUUUCGCGAUUUCCUUGUUGAUCAGGAGAAGUCCAACUUGAUAGAAAGAUAUCCGUUCUGGAUUGACGAGCGAAAAGUUCACCAACAGCUAGCAACACAUUGUUUGGAGCUGCUAUUAGCAGAGGGCACUCUUAAGAGAAACAUUUGUGGCCUGAAUACGCCAGGCGCUCCUCGAUCUGAGAUUGACCAGCGGACCAUCGACGCCGCUUUACCAUCCGAGGUUCAAUACGCUUGUCUAUAUUGGGUAUUACACUGGAAAAAUAGCGAGUGCAGGGUUGAAGAUGGCGGGCUUAUCGAUCGCUUUUUGAACAGCCACUUGUUGCAUUGGCUCGAAACUCUCGGCUUGAUUGGACAUAUUUCGGAGUGCAUCAGAAUGAUAAAUGACCUGCUGAGCCUGCCAGAAAAGGGAGUGCUGACCUCAGCUUUCCUUCGAGAUAUUCGACGAAUCAUCCUUAGCAAUUGUGCUAUCAUAGACAUUUCGCCUCUGCAAGUUUACUUUUCAGCCAUAGUGUUCGCGCCUGAACAAAGCAUCGUCAAAAUUAAGUUUCGAAGCGAACUACCUGUUUGGUUAACUGUAUCGCCGCCAGUUGCUUCUAAGUGGGACACAUGUCUACAGACGCUCGAGGGACACAGACAUGCCAUUACUUCAACUGCAUUCUCGCAUGAUUCGAAAAUACUUGCAUCGGCAUCGUACGACAAGACGAUCAGGAUAUGGGACGUUAUAACUGGUAUCUGUAUCUCAACGCUUAAAGGACACGACUCAAGGGUUAGAUCAGUUGCGUUCUCGCAUAAUUCAAAGGUUCUUGCCUCAGCGUCAGAAAGCGAUAUUCGACUCUGGGAUGCUGCAAAUGGCAUUUGUACUUCAGUUCUUAUAGACCAUAUCACAGGGGGCUAUUGCAUCGCUUUUUCACAUGAUUCUAGAAUGCUUGCAUCAACAUCCCAAGACUUUACUGUCAAACUCUGGGAUGUAGCAAGCGGGAUAUGUAUUUCUUCACUCAACGGUCACAGCGAAGGGGUUUGUUCGAUCGCCUUCUCGCAUGAUUCUACAACGCUUGUAUCAGUCUCACGCGGCGCUUUCAUUAAGCUAUGGGAUGCUACUACCGGUGGUUGUAAAACAACGAUUAAAAUCAACAGUGAUGCUGUUGGUAUCACCGCCUUCUCCCACGAUGCCAGGAUACUUGCAGCAUGGCAGCAAGACGACAGUUGUAUCAUGCUUUGGAAUACCGCUGAUGCCGAAUGUAUAGCAACGUUACACGUCCACAGCAAGACAGUUGGUUCACUCUGUUUCUCGCACGAUUCCAAAAUGCUUGCAUCUGCAUCUAGUCAGAAUGACAUCAAACUCUGGGAUAUUGCAACAAGCACAUGUAUCGCAACGUUAAAAGAUCACAGCCGGGUAAUUUUUUCACUCCAUUUCUCACAUGAUUCUAAGCUACUUGCAUCGGCAGCAUUCGAUAACGCUACUAUAAAAUUAUGGGAUCUUGAGGUGUGGGACAUUGGCUCAAAUGCUUGUAUAGCCACACUCACAGGCCAUUCCAGCUGGGUCAGUCAACUCUUUUUCCUCCCACAAUCAGAUGUUCUAGUAUCAUCGUCUGGUGAUCGCACGGUUAAGAUCUGGAAUAUUCGCACUGCUAUCUGCACAGCAACGCUUGAGGGUCAAAGUGAUCCAAGUCAUAAAUCAAUUGCAUUCUCCCACGACUACAACAUGCUUGCAUCAGGAAUAGACGAUGGAAGUAUCAAGAUUUGGGAUAUCUGUACGGGGAAAUGCCAAAUAAUACUUCCGGGAUCAAGCCAAGAAUCGGUGCGUGGAAUCGCCUUUUCACACAGCUCUGCGUUGCUGGCAUCAAUAGCAUCACGGCCGCGAGAGGGAGCGUACAGUUACAGAGACCAUCCAGCUCUGGAGUUCUGGAACAUCUCAACUGGUAUGUGUCUAGCUACAGUCGAUUUCACUCGUUCCGCAGCGGGUUACAUUUCUUUUGACGAAGUGGGAUUCUGUCUCUCGACAAAUGCGGGUGAUUAUAUAUUAAACGGCAUUGGCCUUAGCGAGGAUUCAGAGUGGGUUAUGUGGGAUGACGAUAGAUUGAUAUGGCUUCCGCCAGCAUAUCGACCAUCUGCCAGUGCUGUGAUUGGAACAACAUUGGCCAUCGGAUGUUCACUGCCUAAUGUGGUCUUUAUGACAAUCUCAUCCAGCUCGUUGUCAAAUAGUGAGACCUCAUCUAUUCCAUAG